AUGUUGGCAGUGGCAGUAUCUCUCAUUGCACUGCGCAUCACCUACACCAUCAUCUACCGCUUGUAUCUGUCGCCUCUAGCAAAGAUACCAGGACCCAAGUUAGCAGCUCUCACGUUCUUCUAUGAGUUUUACUAUGAUGUUAUCAAACGAGGCAAAUUCCUUUGGAAGAUCCAAGACCUUCAUCGCCAGUAUGGUCCCGUUGUGAGAAUAAACCCUUACGAGGUCCACAUCAACGAUGAUGGCUUCUACGAUGAAAUCUAUGCCAGUGGUCCUCAUCAUCCUCGCAACAAAGUUCGCUUCAUGUCUACCCAUGAUGAAAGCAUGUUUGACAGUUACGCUGCGGAAACACAUCGAGUUCGGCGGGCUGCACUGUCUGGAUCGUUCUCUAAGCAGUCUAUUCGUGCUCUUGAGCCGCAGAUCCUACAAACCAUUCACCAACUCGCUGGUAGAAUAAGCUCACUGAGAGAGAGCGGAGAGGUUGUGAAUCUCAAAGCUCUUUACAGCGGUCUCACUAUGGAUGUCAUCGCACAGUAUUGCUUUGGCGAGAGCAUGGAUAACAUGAAGCAAGACCAGUUCGGUAAAGAGCUGUUGGACUUUUUUCAUGAGAUGCCUCAAGCUCAUCCCAUUGGACGCAUGUUUCCAUGGUUGUUUGACAUCAUUCAAAAGAUUCCCAUCAGCUACCUUGCCAAGCUUGAUCCAAAGCUACAGCCACUGGCUGACUAUGACAAGAAAAUCUCUGGACAGAUCUCGGAUGUCCUGGCCAAAGAGAAGAAAGAUGGUAUCAGAACUGUCUUUCAUGAGAUGAGAGAUAGCAAGCAACUUCCUCAAGCGGAUAAGACUCUUGAGAGGUUUAAAUCUGAGGCAGCUAUCUUUCUGGGUGCCGGCACUGAGACGACGGCUGCUGCGCUAACGACUUUGAGCUUCCAUCUGACUGAAGACCCGCACAUGCUGGCAACACUGAGGAAGGAACUUCAAACAGUAAUGGGAGAUGGGGAUUCACCGGUCACUGUUGCCAAACUUGAGUCUCUCCCAUACCUAACUGGAGUUAUACAAGAAGGUAUCAGACUCUCAUUCGGCGUUCCUGGACGGCUACCUCGUUAUGCACCAACAGAAGAUCUUGUGUACGCUGGAUAUAAGCUGCCUCGAGGAACUCGCAUGAGUUCAUCCUCGUAUCUCAUUGACACAAACGAGGAACAUUAUCCAGACCCUUUCAAAUUUGACCCAGAGCGCUGGAUUCAUGGUAAAGCCGGUCUCAGCCGCCACUUUGUGCCUUUCUGUAGAGGAAGUCGUCAGUGCAUCGGUAUGAACCUCGCUUAUGCUGAGCUGUAUCUCACUGUUGCGACUAUAUUCUCGAGGUUUGAUCUUGAGUUGGUUGGCACGACGAAAAGGGAUGUGGAGAUUGCUCAUGAUUUCUUUGUGGGUAUGCCGCCCUUGGAUUCGAGAGGUGUCAUGAUUAGGGUUGUAAAAGAUCUCAGUGCAUAG